AAUACAUACUACGCGCAGUGUCCCGCCAACCGCCAAGCGCGCCAAUAACAACGUUACAUAAUUCAAAAAUAGAACAUUUUAUUUUUUUCGUCACAAAUUAUUUUUAAUUUUAUGGAUUUGUUUGUGUUGUUGCCAGUGUGUGUUAUUGAACAUUUUAUUUUUUGACACAGCUAUCGAUUUUUGAUGAAUGUAGCAACAGACACCAAAAUGGACAAGCCCACUAUGCACAUGCUCUCCGUCCAGGAGAAGGGCGGGGAGACCAGGAAAUCCACACAGUAUUUAGCUGCAGUUGCUGCCACAAUCGGCGCAGUUAUAGCUGGCACGAUCCUAGCUUGGACGUCCCCUGCGCUACCGCAGUUGGAGCCCCUGAAGGACAACUCUACCGUCAACAACGUUACCGUCGUCAACCACACGCUGGUCAACUCGUUGGGACAGCCCGCUGGUUUCUUGUUGGAUGGGAAACAGAGUUAUCUCGUCUCCUCAAUAUCUCCAAUAGGCGCGCUCAUCAGCGCCCUACCAGCCGGCUACCUCACGCAGAAACUGGGUCGACGGCCCACCAUCCUCGUCCUGUCCAUACCCUUCAUGCUUAACUGGCUGCUCAUCAUCUUUGCCAAUGGCGCCGGGAUGUUGAUCGCUGGGAGAUUCUUCGGCGGAAUCGGAACUGGUGGAAUUUGCGUGGCAGCUCCUCUUUACAUCGGUGAGAUAGCUGAGACUUCCAUCCGAGGGUCUCUUGGAGCCUUCUUCCAGUUGUUCCUCACCAUCGGUAUUCUUCUCUGCUACGUCAUCGGCGGCUGGACUCAUUGGAGGACGCUAUCCAUCAUCUUGGCUAUCUUCCCACCAUUGCUGGUUAUUGUAUUCUGGUGGAUGCCAGAAACCCCCCAGUAUUUGCUCGGCAAGAACAGACGUCGUGACGCUGAAGCGGCCCUGCGCUGGCUGAGGGGACCCGACGCUGACCUCACCAUUGAACUUGAUGACAUGCAGAAAGAGCUCGACGCCGCGAGCAGACGGCGCGCGGGCGCGCUGAGCAUGCUCGCGAGCCGCGCGCCGCGCGCCGCCUUCGUGUGCUCGCUCGGGCUCAUGUUCUUCCAGCAGUUCAGCGGCGUCAACGCCGUCAUCUUCUACACCAACGACAUCUUCCGCUCCGCCGGCUCCAACAUCCCGCCCGUCAUUGCCACCAUCAUCGUCGGCGUCGUCCAAACCCUGGCCACUUACGUCUCCUCUUUGCUGAUCGAAAAGGCCGGCCGCAGGGUCUUACUCCUCCAAAGCUGCACGAUCAUGGGCAUCACCCUCAUCGUCCUCGGAAUUUACUUCAAAUUACAAAGCAGCGGCUACAACGUGUCUCCCGUUGGAUGGAUUCCGUUAGUUUCUCUAGUGUUAUACAUCAUUUCGUUCUCGAUGGGCUUCGGGCCUAUACCUUGGAUGAUGAUGAGCGAGUUAUUCGCAGGUGAAUACAGAAGUGCCGCGACUGGGAUCAGCGUUAUUGUCAACUGGAGUUUGGUCUUCAUCGUGACCCUAUGCUUCCCGCUGAUGAGAGACGCGAUCGGUAUUUACAGUUGCUUCUGGUUGUAUUCAGGAUUCAUGAUAGUCUGUUUCUUCUUCGUUUUCUUCUUGAUUCCCGAAACUAAGGGCAAGUCUUUGGCGCAAAUUCAGGCCAUACUUGCUGGGAAAAGUAUAUGAAAUGUAGUACCGUUUAGAAUAUAAUGAUAAUAUUCGAGGCUCGAACCACAUUAGUAGUUUUCAUAAGAGUUUUAAAAGUGGGACCUGUUUUUUUAAUAUAUAUUUUGUGACCUUGAAUAGGAUCAUGAAUUAAGAGAACAAAAUAAAUAAGUAGAAACAUUUUCCUUUUAGGUAGACAACAGAGACUGCUGAGUUUUAUUUAUGUGUUUAAUUUAUUUCUAAAUGAUGAAAAUAUAAGUCGGGCCAACUGAUAUCGUCAAGAUAAACUGAGCCUAAUAAUUUAGUAUAUAGAUCCCAUUAUAGCUUGACGUUAUAAGUUGCAACACACAGUAGCAGUCGGUAUCUUCACGUUGCUGGUCAAAGUCCUCUAUUGUUUAACUAAUUGGAAACUCUUUUGUUGAAAGUAGGUAUUGAAAUUUGAAUUAAUUUAUGUUUAGAUUUGUUUUUUUUUUUUAAGAUCGUCACGCGUACAAUGAAACUGGACAAAUUUUGUUUUGUUAUCGAAUAAUAAUGUAUUUAAUUAUUCAACUGUUAUUAGUACUAUUUGGUUGUUAGUACUUAGAUAGUCUUAAGGAAAGUGCCAAAUAUUGUUAAUUUAUUAUGUGAGAAUGGAUUUAACUUAUUGUUAAAUGUGAUGUGAUGUGUUAGAGAAUUAAAUAAUUUUAUAGUU